AUGGCGCAGUCAGACUCACCCUCGCGCGAACACCCCCAAAUCGACAGACCCCGGAGCCCGAAAGUCUUACACCAACAGGUUCAGAGUAACAGCCCUGUCAACCCAGAGCUGCAGCAAAACCAAGUUCCAGAUAACAAGCCAGUCGCCUCAGAAGUCUCGCUGAUAUGGACCUAUCCCUCGACGUGUCACUCGCCUUUCUCAAUCUCAAACCAACGCAGCAAUGAACGGGCAACACUCUCCUUCAGCGAAGCGUACGGGUUGGCGACUGGCCGGAAAGUCCUCCUCCUAUCCGAAUUCAAUUGA